UUUUUCACAAUCCACUGCCUUCCCAACUCGUAGUCUGAAUUAUUGGAUGCUUAAAAAAUAGUGCCAACUUCUUCAACUUUCUCUAAUUUUGCAGAUUCCAUUUCCCUUUCUUUCUUUUUUUUGUUCCCUGACUUUCCAUUUUGGCUUUGUUCAUUUCUCUCUUCAUCUUCUUUCUCAUAAUUCCACCAUGUCUGUCAUUGGAGAGGCUGCUCUUUCUGGGUUCCUGGACCUGUUGUUGGGCAAAUCGCUCGACUCUGCACUCAAAUUUGUUGCUAAUCACAACCAACUCCACCAGCAGCUCAAGCAGUGGCAGUCCAUAUUGCCUGAUAUCCAAGCAGUGUUGGACGAUGCAGAGGAGAAGCAGAUCAAGAAUAUGGGUGUGAAGAAAUGGUUGGAGGAUCUCCAGGACUUGGCUUACGAUGUGGAUGACAUCUUGGAUGAGUUCGCUUAUGAAGAGUUACGUCUCAAGCUCAACAAAUCGCAAGCUCUAGCCAGCACUAGCAAGGUACGGAAACUCAUUCCUACCUGCUGUACCAGUAGUAAUUUCAGUCCCACUUCUUUCCUGUUUAAGAAUUCCAUGAUUCCGAAGGUGAAAGAGAUCACUGCUAGACUGAAUAGUUUGACUACUCGAAGAAGUAGUUUGGGGUUGAGUGAGAUCUUGUCUCAAGCUCCAACCUCCAAGGGAAAGCAACCUAGGCUGCAACCAACUUCCGUACUGGAUGGAGUUGUGGAGUAUGUUGGCAGACACAAGGAGAAGACAGAAAUGAUUGAGUUUCUCGAAGGUGAUAACUCCAACGGAGUUUCAGUCCUUUCCAUCGUCGGCAUGGGAGGGAUGGGUAAAACAACUCUUGCUCAGCUUGUUUACAAUGAUGCCACCAUCAACCAGUCUUUUCACCACAAGGCCUGGGUAUGCGUUUCUGAUCAUUUUGACGCAGUUAAUAUAACCAGGACAAUUUUAAAAUCCAUCGAUCCUGACUCUCGUGACGAGAAUGACUUGAAUUUACUUCAAGUUAAGUUGAAGGAGAAGUUGUCUGGGAAAAGAUUCUUGCUUGUUUUAGAUGACAUUUGGAACGAGAAUUAUGAUGAUUGGACCAUCUUACGGUCUCCGUUUGGAACAGGGACCCAUAUCAUUGUAACCACUCGUCUUCGAAUUGUUUCAUCUAUUGUGGAUCCGCUCAAAGCUUUUCAUUUGGAUAAACUAUCGGAUGAUGAUUGUUUAUCCAUAUUUACACAGCAUGCAUUAAAAGCAAGAAAUUUCGAUGGACAUCUCCAGUUUAAAGAAAUUGGAGAGAAAAUUGUUAGAAGGUGCAAUGGCUUACCUUUGGCUGCAAAAGCCAUUGGAAGCUUGCUACGCACAGUUAAAGACUAUGCAGGAUGGGAAAGAAUAUAUGAGAGUGAGAUAUGGAACUUACCAGAAGAGCAGUGUGGCAUAAUUCCAGCUUUGCGAUUAAGCUACCAUCAUCUUCCGUCAGACUUGAAACGAUGUUUUGCAUAUUGCUCCAUACUUCCUAAAGAUUAUGAAUUUGAGGAAGAAGAAAUUAUCUUGUUAUGGAGAGCAGAAGGUCUCUUGCAACAAAAAGCUAUGCCUCAAAUUAAAGAUCUCGGAAAUCAAUAUUUUCAAGAUCUAGUGUCCAGGUCAUUUUUUGAGACAUCCAGUAAAGAUAAGUCCCGAUUCGUAAUGCAUGACCUUAUCAAUGAUUUAGCUCAAGUAGUUGCAGGGGAAAUAUGCUCAAAAUUAGAGGGUGAUAAGAAAUGGAAGUUCUCACAUUGCACUCGACAUUCUUCUUAUAUUGUUGGAACAUAUGACACAGUGAAGAAGUUUGAAGCAUUUGAUCAAGUGAAUUCUUUACGUACUUUUUUACCCUUAACGUUUUCUAGUGAUUAUUGGCGGCAUUAUUUAACUAAUGUUGUUUUGGUUGAUUUAUUGCCAAGACUUGGCUACUUAAGGGUGCUUUCUUUGAGUGGGUAUGCCAUCACUGAGUUGCCUGAUGUUUUUGAAAAUUUAAAACAUCUUCGUUACUUAAAUUUUUCGGGCACAGAAAUCGAAUGCCUACCAGAUUCUUUGUGCACUCUUUACCAUUUAGAAACCUUAUUAUUAAGGUGGUGUUACAAGCUUCAAAGGUUACCUUCAAAGAUGGGAAAUCUUGUCAACUUGCAUUAUCUUGAUAUCAGAGGUGCGAACUCAAUAGAAAGGAUUCCUUUUAGAAUUGAUAAGCUAAAGAAUCUUCAAAGGUUAUCUGAUUUUAUCAUAGCGGAAGGUGAUGGUUGUCAUAUUAGAUAUUUGAAAUAUUUGUCAAACCUCGAAGGUGAUUUCCGUCUUUCUGGGUUGGAGAAUGUUAAUGGUGAAGAUGCAGGGGAAAGCAAGUUAUAUGAGAAGCAGGGGAUUGAUCGACUGGUAUUGCAUUGGAGGAAAAAGUUUGAAAAUGCUUCAAGGAAUAAAGAAGUUGAAGAACGGGUGUUGGACUCUCUUUGUCCUCCAAAAAAGCUUGAGCAACUCGUCAUUGAGAAUUAUGGUGGUACAAAAUUCUCUACUUGGAUUGCAGAUCCUUCCUUCAAAAAUAUGUUGUCAUUGAAGCUUCACGACUGUAAAAACUGCAAAUCUCUACCAUCGAUUGGAAGGUUGUUGUUGUUAAAAGAUCUUUCAAUUAGUCGUUUGGAUCAAGUACACAAGAUUGGUGCUGAGCUGUUUGGAGAAAAUCAAUCAAAUGCUUUUGCAUCAUUAGAGUCUCUGCGUUUUGACAAUAUGCUGAAUUGGGAGGAGUGGGACCUAUGUGAAGAUGAUGAGCAAGUAUCGAAAUUCCCCAGCCUUCGUUUUCUUUCAGUCAGAGAAUGUCCUCUAUUGCUGGGAAGGUUGCCAACCAUCCUUCAAUCCUUGCAGACAAUUGAAAUCUACGAGUGUAAGAGACUGGUAGUUUCAAUUUCAAGUUUUCCCUUGCUGUGUGAAUUAUCGGUUGGAGGGUGUGAAGAAUUGGUGGAUGAAGGUUCUUUGUCUGUACAGAAGGUUACCUCCUUGAAAGAUGUGUUUGUCAAAUAUUUCAAAUGUUAAUAUUUCAGCAGAGAGGAUAAUGUUGAGAUUUGCAAACUCCGAAACAUUCUACAUCCCUGGUUGGAAAGAGUUGGGAUCUUUAUCGGAAAUUGGGUUAAGAUUAGGCGGGCAUCGUUUCAUCACGAUUGAGAAUUGUCCGCAAUUGGUCUCUUUGGAAACAGAGAGGAGAGAUUGCAACUUGAUAAGAUUCCGGGUGUUGAAUCUCUGGUAAUAAAUAAUUGUGAAAGGCUCAAUAGACUACCAGAAGCCUUACAUGCUUUCCCAUUCAUUACAACCAUGCAACUUGAAAGCUGUCCACGCUUGGUUUCUUUUGCAGAGAGUAACUUUCCUCCUGCUUUAAAGAGCUGUGGAUUGGGAAUUGCGAGAAUUUGCAAUAUUUGGUUGAUGAAAAAGAAAAUAAUAAUAAGAGUAUGAGUAUGAGUAGCAACACUUGUCUUCUUGAGCGCUUGCAAAUAACCUACUGUCCAUCUCUAAUAUGGUUAUCAUCAAGGGGCGAUAUAUGCAAUCGGCUUCAACAUCUCCAAAUUAUGGAGUGUUCAAAGCUAAGUAGGUUAUUUUUAAACGCCAAGUUACCCGUAAUGCUUAAAAAGCUAUUUAUUCGGGAUUGUCCAGUGUUGGAAUGCAUAUCCCAAGACUUCCUUGAAACCACUGAUCUCGAAAGCAUUCGUAUUUCGGGUGCUGGAAAAUUUAAAUCAUUACCGCGGGGAUUAGACAAGCUCAGCCAUCUUCAAGAGAUUCGAUUAAAAUUGUGUCCAAAUCUGGUUUCAUUUGAAGAAAGUGGGUUGCCCACCACAAAUCUCAGAGUUUUCGCAAUUAAGAAUUGUGAAAAUUUUGGAGUCCUUCCCAAGUGCAUCAACAACUUCACCUCCCUUCGAGAAUUAAAGGUGUCUUAUUGUUCGGCUGACAUAUCCUUUCCAGAAGAGGGUUUCCCUGCCAACCUCACAUCACUUGCAAUCUCAAACGCACCCAAAAUUUAUACAUCACUUGUUCAAUGGGGAUUUAACAGACUCACCUCUCUUCAGCAACUCAACAUCAGCGGUGAAGGAUGCUCAAAUGUGGUGUCGUUUCCAGAAGAAGGGAUAGGAAUGACGCUGCCUUCUUCUCUCACAUCUAUUUCCAUUGAAAUUUUUGAGAAUUUGGAAUUCAUGUGCUCCAAGGGCUUUCAAUACCUGACCUCUCUUCAAAAAUUGCGAAUCGAUGAUUGUCCUAAGCUCACAUCUCUUCCGGAAAAAGAUAUGCUUCUCUCGCUUGAGCGUCUAUCUAUUUAUGAUUGCCCGUUGCUAGAAAAAGGGUGCAGUAGGGGUAAAGGACGAGAGUGGUCCAAGAUUGCCCACAUACCUUAUGUUCGAAUUGAUGGUGAAAUAGUCAACCCGAGGGAAUUAUAUUGAAAUUUAAGCAGCAAAAUCUAGCAUCGAUUUCUCCACACUCAAACCACAGGCAUUGAAGGCUAAACUGGCGAAACAUAGAGGAGACCUUCAACUGGUCUGCUUCAGCUUAUUUGAUUUAGUAAAGCGGUUUGUCAAAUCUCUGCAACAUUUAUUCUGCAAAUUGAAUGUUCUGUUUUCAUCUGCAUCUUCUAAUUUCUAAGCAGUUGCUAUGAAAUUGGUAUAUGGGAAUGGGAUUUUAGUUAAAAAUAUUUGAGAUUUCAUUGUACUAUUAACCAAUGGUGUUUCAGAAGAACAAGUCUUUUACGUGGUAGUUUGUUGAUCUUUGUGGAUAGAUUUCUGUUAUUGCAUAAGGAUAUCAGUGCCAACAGAUUUCGUCAUCACUGUAGACAUGGUAUUGAUCCUUUCAGGAUGAAUGGAGGGAUACAGUACACGUUACAACAUGGCAUUAGAGAGCUCAAUUUAACAUAAACACAACAGAGUUCACUGAGGUGCAAUUUGGGGUUUUCACUUCCAGCCUGAGUGUUCCCAAAAAUAGCAGUGACUAAGUGACUCACUAUAUAUCGACUCUCUUGCUUUUGACUUUGAGGUAUGAGUUAAAUGAAUCAAAUGAUAUAUAUCCACUCUCUUUUAAUGUUGUUUUUCAGCUUUUCGGUCCAGUAGAUUGGCAUAUUUUCUACCAAUCUUUAUAUGAAUUUCCCCUGCUUUGAAGGGCUUCAACUGUGAUGUUAUUAAUGUUUAUGAUAGGGCAAGUAUAGGUUAUAUGGAGAAUUUGUUCUUCUGACAUUCCUUUCCGGUGUUGGAUCAUAUUUUGGUGCUUGGUACAAAGUUGUAGUUGAGGAGCCAAAUAUGCUAUUUAUUUAGCCUUGUACUUUCUUUCAACUUUGGGAACCAUGAAAUUGGUGGCAGAUAAAAGGCCAAAUGGUACCACUGGGGAGGUGUACGUAUCUUUGGGUGUUAAACCCUUGAAUGGUGGGCAUCCAAAGAGGGCAAUACCUGCUUAUGGGCACAACAACAGCACAACGUCGUUGGUCAACAGAUGUUGACAAAAGGAAUGGAGUGGUAAGUUUUUUUUUUUGUAAUGCUUUUAGCAUCAUCUAUUUCUAUCUACACAAAUCAACUUAUCUUAGGCCUCCAUUGAUGAUUGAUAAGAGGUUAGGAUGUUUGAAAUAAAGUAUUGUUUUUGACAUUUUGAGAUUGUUGGUCACUUGUUAUUUAUUAUUGCCAGUAUUUUUCAAUU